ACUUCAGUUGGUUGUUGCCUUCCUUGGCGUGUGUGUCGUCUUACAUUUUGUCCCAUAGCACACCAAAAUUUCAUCGUAGUCAUUCAGCCGCAUAGUAAAGUUUCUUUUUUCUGCUGCUAGUGGGUGUGUGCAUGUUGUUAGCGCCGUUUCAUUAAUAAAUAAUAUUGGAAGUUGGAACCCGGGAAAGAUAGAGGAAAUUGUUUGAAAAACCAGAAUUUUCUUCCUAUCUUACCCGUGUCGUUCUCCAACACUGAAGACAACGGAAAGAAAUUAUUUUUGGUAUUGAAGCGUCUGGAAAUGGCAACUCAAGGCAAUAACACUUCAAGGCUCACACAAAUGCAGAUGCGUUUCCAGCAGCGGCAGCAGCAAGAGAGGAUUCAGCGAAAAUUGGAAAUGAGUAGUGCACCAUCAAUAGUUAGUAACAACAAUAGCAUUAACAACAAUAGCCCCAGUGGACUGGAAUUGGACACAAGUUGCACCCCCGGAAAGGUACGACAGUUGUUCGAGGAAAGACGACAGCGGAGUAUUGGAAUUGAUAAGAGCUACCCAUUGCAGCCAAUUCAGAUGAAGCAGAGCCCCAAGGCGAACAGCAAGACACCGACCAAGACAUUCAGUACAUCUCAUGAGAACGACAACGGCCUGGACAACUGGUCACUGAACGAGACCACGCGCAAUGGGAACUACGGCGGGAAGUUGUCCAACGUGGGACGUUUGGCAUCACUCAGUAUCAGCAAUGGGAAUGGGGUACCGGCAAAGAAUGGCGUUGGUGCCAACACACCCGUAAAAUUGAGGCCUGUGAUUGUGAAGAAAGCCGCCAAUGUGGCGAGUGAUAGUGGACCACCCAUGGGCACCACGAAAAAUUUAACGAAUUUAUCUAAAUUGGCCAAUAAAACAAAUACGGAGAGUGUCAAUGAAACGAGAUCACACAACGAUAGUGGCCAUAAAGUGAUGAGUGAGAAGCAAUUGCCAAAAACCAAUGCACCAUCGACUGUUAAGAAGCCAUCUUCAGCGAAAGUCGUCAAGAGUGGUCCACCUCCAGAUGAUUUAACUGAAUGCAAAAUCUGUGGUCGCUACUUUGCCGAGGAACGCAUAGAGAAACACAUUACCAUUUGUGCCAAGAUUUCCAGUAAGAAACGAAAGAUUUUCGAUUCAACCAAGCAUCGAGUUCAGGGCACUGAAGCUGAGAAAUUUGUCCUAAAGAAGGGACCCCGUGGAACUCGAGCAGCUGCAGCACCGGUGAAGCAACCACAGGCAGCGAGUUCUGCGGGGAAGAAGAGUAAUUGGCGCAAGAAGCAUGAGGAAUUCAUCGAAACAAUCCGUGCGGCGAAGCAAAUGCAGAUUCAUUUGGCAAAGGGUGGAAAACUUUCUGACCUACCACCACCGCCGCGAUCUGAAAAUCCUGACUACAUCCAGUGUCCCCACUGCAUGAGACGCUUCAAUGAGGCCGCCGCCAAUCGGCACAUCCCCAAGUGUGCCACAAUGCUCCACAAUAAACCCAAACCGCAACCACCCAAGAAGCGUUACUAAUUCAUUCGAUAUGAGCAGCAUUAUAUACUCAACCCUUUUUUUUUGAUAAUUAUUCGCAUUUUGUGCCACUUCCCCUCUAACUCCACAGCGAGAUUUCUAAUCCAAUGAAAAUUUGACUUUUUUUUUAUCUUUUCUUUUAUAAAUGUAAAAAUUCCCCAUUUACAAGUGAUAAAUGAAUUUGUGAAAUAAAAUUAUCUGGUAUCAAUUUUAAAAUAA